ACGUUGCUAUAUAUUGUACCUAUUUAAUCUAUACUGCGUUAAUUUAAACAUCUAUUUGUUGAUAUUGUUUUUAUUUUGCUAAAACAUAAGCUUAUGUUUAGUAAAUAAGAAUUGUAAUUGUUAUAAAAGGUUGCAAUUAAUACAAAAGUAAAUAUGACUGAAGUUCAAUUACAGGAAUUCAAAUUAGAACCUGAUUCUGAAUUACGUUUUGAAGUAGAAUCUAAAAAUGAAAAAGUUGUUUUAGAGGUUAAGAACGGAUAUGCGGAGUUGUUUGGCACGGAGCUGGUAAAAGGAAAACCGUAUGAGUUUCACACUGGCGCCAAGGUGGCUGUUUUCACGUGGCAUGGCUGUACGGUCGAGCUUCGAGGGCGUACAGAAGUUAGUUACAUCGCAAAGGAAACUCCAAUGGUAGUAUAUCUUAAUGUUCAUGCAGCAUUAGAGCAACAGAGAGUGGCUGCGGAGCAAGAGAAUACUAGAGGGCCAGUCACCAUGGUGGUGGGUCCUGGUGAUGUUGGCAAGUCUACAUUGACAAGAAUACUUCUAAAUUAUGCAGUCAGGAUGGGACGACGUCCGAUAUUUGUAGAUUUAGAUGUCGGACAGGGGCAUAUUAGCGUCCCGGGCACUAUAGGUGCCUUGUUAGUUGAGCGUCCAGCUUCUAUAGAAGAAGGUUUCAGUCAGCAAGCACCUCUAGUCUACCACUUUGGACAUAAAUCACCGGGGGAUAACCUAGAACUGUAUAACACUAUUGUAUCUAGGUUAGCUGAGGUUAUCGCUGAACGAUGUGAAAAUAACAAGAAAGCGUCAACGUCAGGUGUAAUCAUAAACACAUGUGGAUGGGUGAAAGGAGCUGGAUAUAAAGUCUUGACACAUGCCGCACAAGCUUUUGAGGUAGAUGUAAUUUUAGUACUGGAUAAUGAAAGACUGUACAAUGAGCUGAAGAGAGACAUGCCCAAGUUCGUCAAAGUUGUUUACUUACCGAAGAGUGGUGGCGUGGUGGAGCGUUCAUCUACCCAGAGAGCUGAGGCGAGGGAUGCUCGUAUACGGGAAUAUUUUUAUGGAAAGAGAACACCAUACUACCCUCAUUCAUUUGACGUUAAGUUCUCAGACUUGAAGAUUUACAAGGUGGGCGCGCCGUCGCUGCCCGACUCGUGCAUGCCGCUCGGCAUGCGCGCAGAGGACGCGCUGACGAAGCUGGUGAGCGUGUGGCCCACGCCGGCGCUGGCGCACCGCCUGCUGGCCGUGUCCUUCGCCGCGGGGCCCGACGACCACGUGCUGCACUGCAACCUGGCCGGCUUCGUGUGCGUUACGGCAGUGGAUCCCGAACGUCAGACGUUGACCAUCCUGUCUCCUCAACCAAGACCUUUACCUGCAACAGUAUUACUGCUCUCCGACCUGCAAUACAUGGACAACCACUAGAAGAGUUAGAACCACUGUACCCAUCUCUUCUACCUAGAUUAUAGUGAAAUAGUAAUUUUGUAACUAAUUUACUUGCUUCUGCCCAAAAAUUUUACCCAUUUGAAUAUGAUGACUUAAGUAAACGACAGUUUGAUAAGGAAUUAACGAAAAUAACAUAUUCAGACUUGUUACACUAAACCAAUGAGUCAUGUGUGAUAAGGUAAGGGCUUUAGUAGCUCGAAUAUUAAAACAAAAUAAGGCGAGUCGACUAAAUUACUACUUUAGUGUGAAUUGGAUUUAUUGAUGUUAUUUGCUUAGGAGGUAAUUGUUGAACAUGGCCGCUUUCAAUAUAUUCCCCUGACCUGACUGUAAAAGGCUUUAUUUUAUAUUUAAAUGACAAACAUGUUGACACCUUAUAAUGUUAUGUUCAUCAAUUAACCUGCAGAACUGACUGUCAAAGGGCAUUGAUCAUUAAAAUAAUGAAGUAUAAUUUUGGUUGGUAUUAUGCCAAAGUGCAUAUAAAUAGAAAUAUAUUUUGAUAACACUGUAUGUAAAAAUUUUGACAUAGGUGUUCUCGACACGGUUCAGUGUUGUGAGUAAUUUGAAAAUCAUUAGACAUUGUACUAUGUACAUAGGAUUAGUUAAAAAUUUUGUAAAUAAAAUGUCUUUUUUUUAA